AUGUCAGAUCACACCACAGCAAACUCCAUCAACGGCCAGGAAGGCCAGGGAGAUCAGAGAGACCGCAACGAAGCCCGGCAGACAGAGUCGACAAGCGAGAAUACAGCAAGCCUGAACAGCGAACACAACAACGACUCACCUGGGCAGAGCCGCCAGCAGGAACUCGACUUGAACUACUACCGGAAGUUCCUGGAAGAUUUGGUCGGCAUCAUGCGUGACGCUCAUAGCGAUUCUGUCGCUCAACUUGUUUUGCUUAUUCGCUCCGGGGCGUCGAACGAAGAAAUCCGCAAUACCAUUCGACGCGUCCAGGAUGAGAGCUGA